ACUGCCCGGGCGGCCCGCGGCAGACGCGCGGCGGUCGGGGCGGCGGGAGGCGACCGUCGGCGGCGGGGAGGGCGCGGGUGCACAGAUGGGAGCAACUGAGAAGGGCGGCAGGAAGAGCCGAAGGCUGUUUUCUUCGCUGCGGCCCUGGAAGGCGACCCGGCGGCUGUGGAGGACGCGCUCGGCGGGCCCGGCGGCGCGGGGUGCCUCGUCUCCCGACAUGGAGCCCAGCUACGCGGGUGGUCUCUUCGACAUGGUGAAAGGAGGGGCCGGGAGGCUCUUCAGUAACCUCAAGGACAACCUGAAAGACACACUCAAAGACACGUCUUCUCGGGUUAUACAGUCCGUGUCCAGCUACACCAAGGGAGACUUAGACUUCACUUACGUGACCUCCAGAAUUAUCGUGAUGUCCUUUCCUCUGGACACCGUUGACAUAGGAUUCAGGAACCAGGUGGAUGACAUUCGCAGCUUCUUGGAUUCCAGACACCUUGACCACUACACGGUGUAUAAUCUGUCACCCAAGUCCUAUCGAACCGCCAAGUUCCACAGCAGGGUCUCAGAAUGCAGCUGGCCCAUUCGGCAGGCCCCGAGCCUGCACAACCUCUUUGCAGUAUGUCGUAAUAUGUAUAACUGGCUACUACAGAAUCCCAAAAACGUCUGUGUUGUCCAUUGCUUGGACGGGCGGGCAGCAUCGUCAAUUCUGGUUGGUGCUAUGUUCAUUUUCUGUAAUCUCUACUCUACUCCUGGCCCAGCAGUUCGAUUGCUAUAUGCAAAGCGACCAGGAAUCGGACUUUCGCCGUCCCACCGGAGAUACCUGGGCUAUAUGUGUGACCUGCUAGCUGAUAAGCCCUACCGCCCUCACUUCAAGCCUCUCACCAUUAAGUCCAUCACUGUCAGUCCAAUCCCCUUUUUUAACAAACAGAGAAAUGGAUGUCGCCCUUACUGUGAUGUACUGAUAGGAGAAACCAAAAUCUAUACAACUUGCACGGAUUUCGAGCGAAUGAAGGAAUAUCGUGUUCAAGAUGGGAAAAUCUUCAUUCCCUUGAAUAUCACGGUGCAAGGAGAUGUGGUGGUUUCCAUGUACCACAUGAGGUCAACCAUCGGGAGCCGGUUGCAGGCUAAGGUGACCAAUACACAGAUAUUCCAGCUUCAGUUUCAUACGGGAUUCAUACCGCUGGAAACCACCGUCUUAAAGUUUACCAAGCCAGAGUUGGAUGCAUGUGAUGUACCAGAAAAAUAUCCUCAGCUAUUUCAGGUGACUCUGGAUGUGGAACUGCAGCCCCAUGACAAAGUGGUAGACUUAACCCCUCCAUGGGAACAUUACUGCACAAAAGAUGUCAACCCCAGCAUCCUCUUCUCGUCUCACCAGGAGCACCAGGAUACGCUGGCCUUGGGAGGACAGGCUCCAGCAGACCUCCCCCCAGAUCACUCCAGGCAGCUCGGGCAAGGUGGCUUCUUCUCCUCUCUCUGUUGGCAAGAUCAGAAAUCGGAGAAAUCCUUCGGUGAGGAAGACCACGCGGCGCUGGUGAAGCAGGAGAGCGAGCAGUCGGAUGACGAGCUGCUGACCCUGUCCAGCCCGCACGGCAACGCCAAUGGGGACAAGCCGCACGGAGGGGCCAGGAAGGCCGGCAAGAGGCAGCCCGAACCGGCCGCGCCCCCGCCUCCGCCCGAGGACGUGGACCUGCUGGGCCUCGAGGGCUCGGCUGUGAGCAAGGCCUUCUCCCCGCCCGCUGCACCACCCUCCAACUCGGAACUGCUGAGUGACCUCUUCGCCCCUGCUGGGCAGCCGGGGGUGGACGACGUCUUCCAUGCCAGUGGACCGGCGUCCACGCAGUCAACGCCUCGCCGCGCGGCCACCUCCACCUCGGCGUCCCCGACCCUGAGAGUGGGCGAAGGUACCACCUUUGACCCAUUUGGAGCACCCUCUAAACCAGCAGGUCAAGACUUGCUGGGUUCUUUUCUGAGCACCUCUAAUACUUCCAGUGACCCCUUUCUUCAGCCUACAAGAAGUCCCUCACCUACAGUGCAUGCUUCUAGUACACCUGCUGUGAACAUUCAGCCAGAUGUUUCAGGAGGAUGGGACUGGCACGCUAAACCAGGGGGGUUUGGAAUGGGAAGCAAGUCAGCUGCCACCAGCCCAACAGGAUCCUCGCAUGGCACUCCCACCCAUCAGGGCAAGCCCCAGACUUUGGAUCCUUUUGCUGAUCUCGGGACACUGGGUACAAACUUAACAGGCAGUUCCUCAUUUGCCAGCAAGCCUACCACACCAACUGGACUGGGUGGAGGAUUCCCACCUCUCAGCUCACCUCAGAAAGCCUCUCCCCAGCCGAUGGGGGGCGGGUGGCAGCAAGGUGCUGGCUACAACUGGCAGCAGACCCAGUCGAAGCCCCAACCCAGCAUGCCACACUCCUCACCCCAGAACAGGCCCAACUACAACGUGAGCUUCUCAUCCGUGCCAGCUGGGCAGAGCGAGCGGGGCAAAGGAGCUGCUAAUCUGGAAGGGAAACAAAAGGCAGCCGACUUUGAAGAUCUCCUGUCCAGCCAAGGUUUCAGCGCACACAAAGACAAAAAGGGGCCUCGAACAAUAGCUGAGAUGAGGAAGGAGGAAAUGGCCAAGGAAAUGGAUCCUGAGAAAUUAAAGAUUCUGGAGUGGAUCGAAGGCAAAGAGAGGAACAUACGAGCGCUGCUGUCCACCAUGCACACAGUGCUGUGGGAGGGGGAGACCAAGUGGAAGCCGGUGAGCAUGGCAGACUUGGUGACACCGGAGCAGGUGAAGAAGGUGUACAGGAGAGCGGUGCUGGUGGUACACCCAGACAAGGCUACCGGGCAGCCCUAUGAACAGUAUGCAAAGAUGAUUUUCAUGGAGCUCAAUGAUGCCUGGUCUGAAUUCGAGAAUCAAGGCCAAAAGCCCUUGUAUUAACGUGUGAGCUUUUCCCUCUCUGCUGCAGACCCGUGCUAACGCUUUGUGUGUGUCAGUUCUGAGGAUGUCACAGAUGAAACCCAAAUUCCAGUAACACGUAUCCAGUACUAAAACUGUUACCUUACUCGUGAAUUAAUUCCUUGUGGAUAAAGAAUGUGGAUGUGUGUUUUCUCCAGUCCCUCUCCCCGCCCACAUAAAACAGGAGAGCAGCGUUAGUCAGGGGGCCUCACAGAGAGUCCCCACAUUCCAGCCUGCCUUUGGGGGAGCCUACUCAGCAUUUUGUGGGGGAACGGAAAAGAGAGGCCUUGAAGGCAUAACACCAGUCAUCAUUGUUGAAGAACAGGAUUAAUGAGCCCGAGGGAUGAUAAUGGGCUUCCACGAUGGAGUCUAACUAAUGGUUUUUAAGAUUUUCUUGGAAAGCUGUAAUUUGAGCAGCAGCAUUAUUACACAGACUUCAGGAACACAACCACCAAGCAUUUUUGUAAUGGAAAUUCGCGAAGGUCAUAGCAUAAGACUGUCCACCUGUUUAGGUCAAGGAGACUUGCAGAUGCAGACAGAACUUGAAUU